AUGCUGUCUGACGAAUUUUUCACACGGGGUCACAAAUUCUCAAAGUUGAUGAAACUGGCCAAUAUUCUGGAGAUCGUCAAAGUCGAGGCGUGCUAUGAUCUGAUUGCAUACAUCAAUUCGUUGCCUUCGGGCUUGGAAAAUGACCUUUAUUUCGUUGCCUGGGCGGCGGAAUUACCCCAAACUAAGUUGUCGAAAACGCUUACCAGAACGCUGUUGCUUGUGGUGUUGGCGCUAGUGAAGCGGAAAGCCAGCAACUUUAGUGUUUUCGCAUUUAGCCAGCAACUCCUGACUUGGAUCAUUCGUCAACCUAAGGCGUUAGCUGAAUCGGCUGGAGAGGUGUUGGCUCGGCUAUGGCGUUGGGAUAAUGGCUCACUCGAGGUGGUAAUCGGGAGAGAAGCGCCUUUGGCUUCUGUUAAGGUCUUAGACUCGUUUUUCAAGAAUAUUCUUAACUUCCUAGCACUCACCGAGUGUGAAUGCAACCUGAUUGCCAAGCUCUUCCUCGCUGCUCUGGGCAACGUCCCAUGGAGUGCCGUGACCGCGGCUUCUCGGUUCGAAGACGACAUGAGUUUCAAGGAACAGGCUGCGAUUAUAAAGGCGAUUUUGAGUGCCAACAACCAGCAAAAUGCCGAUGUACUGUUGGUUCUGAGGUAUCAGAUGCUGUCACGUCGGAAGAUGACCAGGACGAAGAAGUAA